GAGACGUGUGUGACCCACUGCGGAGAGAAGUUCCACAGUGAGGUGGCCAAGUUCCGCUUCCUGAAUGAGCUGAUCAAAGUGCUGUCCCCAAAGUACCUGGGGUCCUGGACCACGGACAAGGUGAAAGGGAGAGUCAUUGAAGUGCUGUUCAGCUGGACAGUCUGGUUCCCAGAGGACAUCAAGAUCCGCGACGCCUACCAGAUGCUGAGGAAGCAAGGGAUCAUAAAGCAAGACCCUAAGCUGCCAGCAGACAAGAUCCUGCCCCCGCCCUCUCCCUGGCCCAGGAGCUCCAUCUUCGAUGCCGACGAAGAAAAGUCGAAGCUCCUGACGAGGCUUCUGAAGAGCAGCCAUCCCGAGGACCUGCAGGCCGCGAACCGGCUGAUCAAGAGUCUGGUCAAGGAGGAGCAGGAGAGGUCGGAGAAGGCGUCCAGGAGAGCCAGCGCCGUGGAGGAGACGAGUCUCCAGGCCCUUCAGAACAUGCCCCGUGUGCUCCGCGACGUGGAGGCCCUGAGACAGGAGGCGUCCUUUCUGAGGGAGCAGAUGGUGCUCAUCAAGGAGGACAUCAGGAAGUUCGAACAGGACACAUCUCAGUCCAUGCAGGUGCUGGUGGACAUCGACCAGGUGAAGUCCCGGAUGCAGCUGGCCGCGCAGUCCCUCCAGGAGGCGGACAAGUGGAGCACGCUGAGCGCCGACAUCGAGGAGACGUUUAAGACGCAGGUAGGUUCCCUGUUUAGGGCUGUGGCAAAGUCCCUUUGGGUGAGGCAGCCGUCUGCUCAGCACUCUGACACCCUGACAUGGGGACAGCGUGCAGACCUGGGGAUAACAUGUUUUAUGUUGUUCUCCCUAGACCAAGCCAAAGUGUUUGUGAAGGUUUUUACCGAAAUUGACCGGAUGCCCCAGCUUCUUGCAUACUACUACAGAUGUCACAAGGCGCAGCUCUUAGCAGCCUGGCAGGAGCUGUGCCAGAGUGACCUGCCCCUGGACCAGCAGCUUGCUGGGCUCUACGACACCCUGCUCGGAGCUUGGCACACGCAGAUCCAGUGGGCCUCACAGGUCUUCAGAAACCCCCACGAGGUGGCGACGGUGCUGCUCAUCCAGACGCUGGGCGACUUGGCGCCUUCGCUGCCCGCCUGCCUGAGCGCCGGCGUGGAGCAGGCGGGGCCAGAGCUGGAGCUCUCUAGGCUGCUGGACUUCCAUGCCACCACCACCCACUUCGCCAAGGGGCUGGAGAUGGCACUGCUGUCCCACUCACACGAGCCCAGCCUGGUGAGAGUCGCGGAGCUGGUGGAUGCCGUGUACGGCCCGUACGCGCCUUACCAGCUCAAGUACGGCGACCUGGAAACGAGCAGCCUCCUCAUCCAGAUGAGCGCGGUGCCCCUGGAGCACGGGGAAGUCAUCGACUGCGUGCAGGAGCUCGGCCACUCGGCGAACAAGCUCUUCGGCCUGGCGUCGGCAGCUGUGGACAGAUGCGUCCGAUUCACCAACGGCCUGGGGACCUGCGGCCUGCUGAUGGCCCUUAAAUCCCUCUUUGCCAAGUACGUGUCUGACUUCAGCAGUGCGCUCCAGUCGGUACGGAAGAAGUGCAGGCUGGAUGGCGCUCCCCCCGACGCCCUUUUCCAGGAAGACUGGACGGCUUUUCAGAACUCCAUCAGGAUAAUAGCCACCUGUGGAGAGCUCUUGAGGCAGUGCGGGGACUUCGAGCAGCAGCUGGCAAACAGGAUCCUGUCCACAGCUGGGAAGUACCUGUCUGACUCCUACAGCCCCCGGAGCCUGACGGGGCUCCAGGACAGCGUCCUGACGGACAGGAAGGCCCCCAGCAGGAACCCCUGGCAGGAGCACAACUACCUGCAGAGGGGGAGCCCCGCCGAGUUCGCCAGCCUGAUGGAGAUCCUGCACUCCCUCAAGGAGAAGGGGUCCAGUAGCCAUGGCCUGCUGUCGGCGUCUCAGGCGGCCCUGAUGCGACUCAACCAGCAGGCCCACCAACUGGCUUUCGACUCAGUCUUCCUGCGCAUCAAGCAGCAGCUGCUACUGGUUCCCAAGAUGGAGAGCUGGAGCACCGCCGGCGUUGGAGAAAGCCUGGCCGAUGGCCUGCCGGCCUUCAGCCUCACCCCUCUCGAAUACAUCAGCAACAUCGGGCAGUACAUCAUGUCCCUCCCGCUGAACCUGGAGCCGUUUGUGACUCAGGAGGACUCUGCCUUAGAGCUGGCGCUGCACGCCGGGAAGCUGCCGUUCCCUCCGGAGCAGGGCGAUGAGCUGCCCGAGCUGGACAACAUGGCUGACAACUGGCUGGGCUCGAUCGCCAGAGCCACCAUGCAGACCUACUGCGACGUGAUCCUCCAAAUCCCCACGCUCACCCCGCACUCCACCAAGCAGCUGGCCACUGACAUCGACUACCUGAUCAACGUGAUGGACGCCCUGGGCCUGCAGCCCUCCCGCCCGCUCCAGAGUGUGGUCACGCUCCUGAAGGCCAAGCCCGAGGACUUCCGCCUCACCAGCAGAGGCCAGCCCCGGCGCCUCGCCGCCACGGUGGCCGCCAUGCGGGGCGUGGACUGCUGAGCCUGUGCUCCCCACCAGGCCAGGGCCGGGGUUCAGGGUCACCGCCACCCCAGAAUGGCCUUGCUCUAAACCUCUGCUCAGAUAGGGCGGAGCGGUUUCCACAGGGUCUGUUCAUUUGUAUGAUAGAAAAAGGCUGUGAAUUAGGGGUGUGUUCUCUGUUAGAAAGGAAUUUUCAGAUGACUCUUUAAAUGAUCCAAUCUUGGAAAUGGGAAUUAAUAAAUAUCUGAAGUGCAAAAAGGA